AUGACCGAUGCGAAUAUCUCAAAAACAGACCUCGAAAAUGUCUGCCAAGCCCUCGGUAUUGCUACUAACGGUAUUAAAGCAGACCUGAUUCAAAGAUUGAGAAGGCACCUAAAAGGGAAAAAUCGUGCCAAAAGUAAUGACUCCGAAAUAACCUGUAGAAAUGAGGAGGAAUGUCAAAACAUGGUGGGCCAUGAUCACCUCUCAGACACGUCAGAAAUAGAUUUAAACCAGCAAGCAAGAACCUUAAGAGAAUUGGCACGUUUGUCACGAAAAGGAGUAGAACCACGAGAUUCUUUAGAUAGAGAACAAUCACUAAGUCUUGAAAAUGAUAGGCCGGAACCUAAGCAAAAUUUACUAAAUAAAAAACGUCGCCUACCAAGUGAUGAAGAUCGAGAAUCGACGGAAAACAAAAUGUUAACAGAAUUUAAGCGAUUAGAGAGUGCUGUAUUAACAAUGAAUGAUAAGCUAAACAAUGUAACAGCGCAAGUACAUGACACAAGACAAAAAGUUGAAGUAAAUGAGACUUGGCAAAAACAUAAGUUUGAAAAAUCACGCGAUCAGCACGAGUAUGAUGCCCUGCGAAAAAUCGGCAAAGAAUUAGACUUAGCAAUGGAAUCUCGUAGUACAAUGGAGGUAGUAGACCAUAUAAAUAAUGCACGAGAAAUAGCAUUAAAUCGUAUAUUUACAUUAAGGGUGGCCGAAGGGUAUGGCUGGGAUAUUGCAUCUGCCCUACCUGAUACACAGAAUGAUUGGAUGAAAGGAAAAGAUUCAUUAAUCGAAAAAGCGAAAACAUUAGUGGAGGUAAAAAAGGUAAAGCGACAAAAGAUAUAUGAACAACCAAAGGCUAACAGCCAUACCUAUUGGGGAAACAAUUACUGGGAUUCUGAGAAGUUUUUUCGAGCCAACCAUCGAAGCAAGAACAACAAUCCAAACUCCGGCAAGUGCUACAUCUGUAAAGGAUAUGGACACUACGCAA